ACCACGCCGAGUCUCUUUAUAUAAUAGGCGUCUCGCCGGAGAGCAGCCACAGUUUCAUUCGGAAAGGUCUAGGCCAAGCCAGCGGAACAUUCAAGCCAAGAUGCGUGCUGCCGUCGUGUUCGUUGUUGUGAUUUUCGCACUCCUCAGCGUCCUGGAGGCUGUGCCCGCUCCCCAGUUCGGAUACGGUGGCUACGGUGGAUAUCCCGGCGGCUAUGGCGGAUACGGUGGAUACCCCGGCGGUUUCGGCGGUGGCUAUCCCGGCUUUGGCGGCGGAUUCAACCGCGGCUUUGGUGGCGCCAGUGCCCAGGCAUCCUCCUCCGCCUCGGCCUCCUCCGGCGGCUUCGGCGGCGGAUUCUACGGCUAAACGGAACAGCCUCCUCCUAAUUUAAGUUACUUUUAAAAUUGGUUAUUUUAAUAGUAUUGUGAGUCAGAAAUUUAUUUCGCAACUCUGAAGAAUAGAAUGGGAGCCCCAGCUCGGUGUCAGCUUAAUUAGCAUGUUGGACAAACAUCAGACACUAGAGCUCGAAAACAUGAUAAAUACAAACAACAUUUGCAUUCCACUUUAGAGUUAAUAAAGUCAAUAAAUAAAGCUCAAUAUGGUUGAAACAUAA